GCGGCGCGGAGCAGCGCUUGGGGAGGGCCGCCGGGCAUGGAGCGGCCCCUGAGGCGUGCAGAUUUCUCUCUCAACUCAAGCAUUUGGGUGGAUUCAUAAAAGUGCGAAGCUUGGAUUUUACACACAGGUGGUUUUUUUUGGAAGUGGCAUGCUAUAAGCUGACUCUGCUUAUUAUCUAGUGAUCUAGCACUGGGUAUGAUGGCCCAGUCCAGGUCAAAUGGAUCUUACUAUGCCCUGACUGCUAUAGGGUUAGGAAUGCUUGUCCUUGGGAUCAUCAUGGCAGUCUGGAACCUAGUCCCAGGAUUUGGCCAUACUGAUAAGCCUCACUCAUCUGCUGGAAACAGUAGCAAUCCAGAGCAUGAGGGUGGAGGAAUAUUGAAGAGUAAGACCUUUUCGGUGGCUUAUGUAUUGGUUGGGGCUGGAGUGCUGCUGCUGUUGCUCUCCAUUUGUCUGAAUGUCCGGGACAGAAAGAAGAAAAGAGAAAAUGAGGAUAUUGCUAGGAUCCAGCAAGGAACAUCUGCUGAACCUCGACAUCAGGAGGACAGUCAAGAAGAGGAUGAUGAGACACCAUCGCGAUACUAUGUUCCCAGUUAUGAGGAGGUUAUGAACGAGGGCUAUCCUGAGACGAGAGAAUUGGACAGAAACACCAGGAUCAGCAUGUCUCUGCCCUCUUACGAAUCUCUAACUGGGAUUGAUGAAAAUACACCAACUACAACCGCCGCAGAUGUCGAUUUGAACAUACAGCGUCAGCCAAGCAGGCACAGCUCUCGCUUGAACAAACGACUGAAACCCCUGAAAGUUCGGAGAAUUAAGUCUGAUAAGCUGCACCUAAAGGAAUUCCGAAUAAACCUUCCAGACAGAAACAGUUCAGGUCAAAUAACAAUAGAACCAUUGACCCCUCCUCCCCAGUAUGAUGAGGUCCCAGAUAAAGCACCAGAUAGCAAGGAAGCGACCUAAAAUCUGUGGACUUUCCAGGGGAAAACACUACUAGAUACUUGAUCUAUGGGUACAAAUGCAGUCAAAUUCCCACAAGCUUCAAAAAGAUCAAGGAAAUGCUGGACUAUAUACCUCUUUUUCAGAAGGACAGAAUGAUUCUAAGACAUGGCUUUUUAUGAAAUACCACUAAAAAUUAAACACUAGUGCAUCUGAUACUCUGAAAUAAAUGAUCUUCACAAGUAUCAAAUCUAUACUUUUGUUUUAAAUUAAAUAGUACAUUGU